UGUGUGUGUGUGAUUUCGGGUCGCAUGUUUACAUCGUGAAGUUAUCGCGGAGUGGUUAUCGACGGGACGGCCGCGGGCCGUAGUGGCCGCGCGAUAGCAGCAGCAGCGGCCAUUUGCAUUCCUCGCGGGGACGACGGAUCACGGACUGCGGACCGCGGUCCGAAUGGAGAGUGUACCGCGAAACGCGUCCUAGCGAUCUACUCGGCGACCUGUUUCGGCGACGACACGAUUUCUCCCCCUCCACCCGGGAUCAUCUCGGCGAAAAUGGCGAGGGCGGGCGGUGACGUCUCGAGGAUCGUGUGCGCGAACACGAUUCAGCAGAAUGACAGGAGGCUGCGUGAGGCGCGAAUUAAGAAUCAGGCGAAGGGCCGAAUUAGGCAGGAUCUGAACAAACUGUUUGGCAAGAUCAACCAGGCUGUGAAAACGAGCUCGCUGAGAUCUCCGGACAAGUCAAGCCCAUUGUACAAGAAGAGCGUAUCGAAAUGCUGGUAUGGCCCGAUUCUGAGUUUCCCACCUGGGUCCUGGUGGGGCAUUCGCAUGGACUGUUCCAGGAACGGGGUGCACGAGCCCUUCGACGCCGAUAUACACGAGGGACCGUUCGGCGUUAUAUCCGUGUGCACCUCGCACACUAACGUGAACGAGGAUGUGGAUUAUGGUGAUUAUCUGACGCUGACAGGCCAGGUAUACCACGAGGGACAGUCCAGCGAGGAUCCGUUCAUUCGCAACUACAAAAAUCAGAUACCAUUGAGAUUAAUAAGAAGUUACAAUCUGCAAGAUAAUAUCGCGCCUAACACGGGCUACAGGUACGACGGGCUGUACGUGGUCAUAGACUGUUGGAUCGGCAUGGCUCCAGAUGGGACCAGGUACAACAAGUUUGCCUUGGUGCGUCUCGCCAAUCAGGGGUCGUCCAGCUGGGGCAGCUCGCGAAAGCUGCCUUCCGUACGGCGUUACAUCCCGCCGGUGAAUCACUCGAAUACGUAUGACCUGAGAAAAUGUUCAAACAGCAUCGGUGUCACCUGCCGGAAGCGUAAGCUCAGCCAUGGAGACAGUUGUGAGAAUUUGUCGGUCGUGAAAACGAUCCCGUCGAUCGACACCAGCAAACGAUCCGCGCCCGAAAGUUCCAUCGUCACGCGUCACGUCUUCAAGAAACUACCGAACAACGCGGAAAGCGCGAUAUCAACUUCUGUACCUGAUCAAAGGAUGUUGCUGUGCCUUGGUGCGUCGACUACAAAAACCCACAGUACAAACAUCUCGAUACGCAUGGGCCUGUACGAGUCGUCGCAGGACAACUCGCAGGACGCAAAGAAAAGCGUCUCGACCAUGUUGCAGAAGCCUUCCAAGCCGCCCGAUCUCGCCGUUCGUACGGCACCAGACGCGGAGAGUAGUCGCUUGACGCCCAAGGAGGACGGUAAACCUACGGAGAAGCCAGAUAUGGAUGGGGCGCGUGUUGAUUCUCGACCGAGUGAAAAUGUAUCGUAUAAUGGACGUGUCGCGGCCGACAACGCGAAUGCUUCCCCGUUGGAUGAGCGUAGAGAAAAGUUGCCUUCGCAGGUCAUAUACUCCUCGGAACAUUCGUACUCCGUAUCUUCGUUGAAUAAACUGAAGAAUAGCGCAACUAUCAUGAUCGAGCAUAAGGAGCGACCUCGAAACGCUCAACAACGGCAAGAUGUACAAAACUCGAGUAGCAAAUUGGCACAGAAAUCGAAUCCCAGUAACGAAUCGUUGAGGAAUUCGGUCGCGACGCACGAAAGAAUCUCGGAAUCAUAUCACGACGCUGUGGAUACACCGAGCGAAUCGCUCAGUGCGCAAAGCAUCAAAUCCCUGGACUCCUUGACGCCGGACAAGAUCUUAAACUUGAUCAAUAAGGAGCUACAUCAUCCUCUGUCCAAGUUACUGAUUGGAAACGUGAUAGGGCUAACGACUGAGGAGUGCGCGAUGUUGAACACGUCGAAGAAAGGAACGACUCCAGAGCCCAAGAGCAAGAAGCACGUGGUGCCGACGAGGAUUCUCAGGAAGAAACGUAAAGGGACUGACAACAUAAAGGAAAACGUCGCAUGUUUGGACAACAGAAGAUAUUGUAAAUAUUCCAAAUCAGAAAGAUCAUUUUGGAAAGUGACAAAGCCAGCGGAUGGAGAGAAGUACGACAAGCUGCUACCCGCGGUGAAUCGCGAAUCCUGCAAUGAUGUGAAUAAGAAACGGAAUAAUAACGUUAAGAGAAGCGACCGGAGUGGCAUAUCCAAGGAGAACGAGUACUUAUCGCCGUUUCGCGUACGGACUUCGCUUCGGACUAUCGCGCAACACACUCGCAGCUCGUACGACAUAAAGACCCGUUUGAGGACUGACAAGAGCGCGGUAUUGGCAAAACCGCAAUUUCCCAAUUCGUCGAUCAAGAAAAGCAAAUACAAGAAACGAGAUAGGGAAAUUGCCAACUUGUCGAUAGACGCUAAUUUCGGUCCCGCGACGCGCGGACCUAGGAACAGGAGAUUACGAUGCAAAACCAAUGCGUACACGAGAUGCUAUAGUACCUUCAAUACCGUAAUAUAUCCGCCCAAUAAGCGAUGCAAGUCUAGUUUUGAACGGAAGAACAAGCUGACCAAAGUCAGUCGUCAACGUGCCGGAGAGAGACGAACCAAGGACAAGUAUAGAAUAUCCAGUACCGUACAUACAUCUAGAAAGGAUGUUAACGGUUCGAUUGGGAAGCAAAAAAAUCUCAAAGGUAAUCCUAAUAGUGAUAAUAAUAAUAUUAUUAUUAAUGAAAAUCGCAACAAUCAUAACAAUAAUAAUACUAGCAGCAAGAAAAAGGAGGAUAAGAUCGUAACGGUUGAUCGCAAUGUCACCAAGACUUCCUUUGACAGAGGCCUUCGAAAGAAACUGACACGGACAAUUCCCUUAUCGCAUCGCGCCGCUCAAACGUCGCGGUUACAUUGCUUUCACAAAAAACCGAAUGAGAAACCCAGGACGAUGGACGCGACGACACAGUGCAGGCUUAUUUCCGAUAAUCCGGAAGUUUAUGUUAUUGGACAAUUAAACGAUCAAAGAGCCAUCUUGAAAAUGGAGUGGGAUAAAUUGGAGAAACUGAAGGAAUCCGUGUUGGAUGUGUCCGAUCAAAGUUGCCAGGUCUAUCAAACGUCGCAAAUCUGUGCUGCUUCCAUGCUCACGGAGGACAACGCGAGUCGCAAAAGUGAUGAGGAAUACGCGGAUUCUCUGCACGAUAGAGCGUCGGCUUUCGUGCCAGUGAACGCGUUCGACAGCGAUUUACGAAUCGCGCGGCUGAGAUCGAUCGGCUUCAAACCCAUACUUAAUCCGCGAUCUUCGCUGAUCACCCAAGACUUGGAAAUCAUUCAAAAUGCGCUCGUAACCACAAGCAAGGUGACAAAACGCGACGUUGCCGAAGAGUAUCAUAAAUAUGCUAAUAACGAGGAUAACAACACAGUCGUUUAUAUGGACGAUGAAUUGCAGUAUCAAGAUAUCGAAGAGGAAGAGGAAGAAGUGGAAAAGGCUGAAAAACAAUUAACUGCGAGCGCAUCGACGACACUGAGAAGAAUACAAUCGAAAACCGGUAACGUACUUCCGGAAACAUUACGGAAACCUUCGCGCGAAAACUUGGAGUCUCCUUGGCAUGGUUGGAAGAAGAUUGUGACAAAUAAUCGAUCGUAUUGGAUUGGUUGGUAGUCGUUAUUGCAGAAUAUUGGUGAAUUUAAACAAAGGCAGUGCAGCGUAGUAAGGAAGGGCAGAGAGGAGAAAUGGAUUGCAUCUGAUAACGUACGUCCUUCCUUACUACGCCACUGAACAGGGGUGCUUUUUCGCUACUGCGAUUAGAAAAAUUUGUUUUAUCCAAAAACAUGUACAAUAUUAUAUCUUUAUUUUUUUGCCAAAAAGUAAAGGCUGUUAAUAACAUUCUAAAUUAUUCUUCUAACAGUAAUAAUAUGGUAUUCGAGUUGACUAACAUAUUUUUAAGAAAAAAAGCAUCGAUAGAUUAUAAUUAAAAUUUCUUAUGUAUAUAUGUAUAUAUAUACAUAUAUACAUAUAAAUUAUUCUAUAUAUAAUAUAUGUAUAUUUUCUAUAUGUGAGGUAUUAUUAACAGAUGUUUUAACUGUAAAUAAAUAAUGUUCUAUUCAUGUAGUUGUGUCUUAUCUUUAUUACGAGAUGUAAUAGGACAAUAAAAUUUGUUCACAGAUUUACACGUUCACUUCGUUCUUAAACGGCGACGAAAGAUUUCG